GAGAAAGCAAACAAAAUAUAAAAGAGUGAGAAGAAGAGGACAGAGAAGCGACCUUUACCACACACAAACCUCUCUCGCUCAAUCCGCCAUUAAAACAACCCAAAAAGCUUCUGCUUCUAUUCAAUCCCAAGUCAGUAAAAAUAGGGUUACCAGAAGAACCCCACCGUAAUUCCACAGAGGAACUGCACCGCUCGCGUUCCUGCUGCGGUUUGAGGAAGAAAAAGAGCAGUAACGGUAGCAGUAACAAAGACCACCACAAGGACGAAGAGAAAGAGAAACCAAAGAUGCAGCCUAAAGAUUCUGCUCAGACGCAGAGCCAGCAGAUGGCCAGCUUGAGCUUUAGCAGUCAGAUGUCUAGAGAAGACGAGGAGAUGGCUCGCUCUGCUCUCUCUGCUUUUAGGGCUAAAGAGGAUGAGAUCGAGAAGAGGAAAAUGGAGGUUCGUGAACGGGUUAAGGCUCAGCUGGGUCGGGUCGAGGAAGAGACCCGACGUCUUGCUAACAUCCGCGAGGAGCUUGAGUCUAUGGCAGAUCCCAUGAGGAAAGAAGUUUCUUUGGUGCGUAAGAAGAUUGAUAGCGUCAACAAAGAACUCAAACCAUUAGGCGCAACAGUUCAAAAGAAGGAAAGGGAAUACAAAGAGGCAUUGGAUACAUUCAAUGAGAAGAACCGUGAGAAAGUUCAGCUUAUCACCAAGCUAAUGGAGAUGGGACAGUUGGUUGGAGAAAGCGAGAAGCUGAGGUUGAAGAAGCUUGAGGAGCUUAGCAAGAGCAUAGAAACCGAGUGAAGAUUCCAUCUCACAGACAAAAAGACCAAGAACUAAUUGGGCUUAGGGUUAUGGUUCUCUAUCUGAUGUAUUUAUUUAUUUAUUUUUCAUGAAGUUUGGUGUGGUUUUAAUUUAGUUUGAGGUUGUUCUAGUUUUUUGUUUUUUUUCCUUUUUCUAAAUGGCUUGAUUUCGUAGAAUUAUGAUGGGUGUUUUAUGUUUUUGAUUAACCAAAUUAGGGAAGGUUAAUGGGAUAAUGCUUAGUAGGGGCUACUGAAUGCUUUAAGGGUUUGUAAGUUUGAAUAUCUUUUUUUUUCUUGUUUUUUUAAAUUAUUUUAUUAUUUUGAUUUUAGCUUUAUUUUAAUUUCUUUCCCCACCCCUUUAGCUUUUUCACUUUUUUGGGUAAAGUAGCCUCUCGCCGAGAAGCAUGUGUGUUUGAAAUUGAAAUGAUUGACUUCCUGUCAAAGUGUGAUGUCUUGCUUGAC